AUGCCAGAGCUCUUGAAACCAACAAAAAGUGAUAUCAAGCAACUAAUUGGAUCAUCUAAGGAUGCAUUGACAUUUUGGGUUGAAACGAUAAUAUUAGAGAAAUCUUCCAAAGCUGGCACAACUUCAUCAGCCCCUGCUGUUAGUGAAAUCCAAACUGCCAGACUCGAUUCACCGUUGGAGGAGCUUGUGAAAUUGGCCAGCUUAGUACAUGCGAGAGUUACUAAAUUGGGUAUCGUCUUCAAGCCUCUUAUACCUGAGGAGAAUUAUCAUGCUUGUUAUAAGGAGUUGGAUGAAGGUAUGCAUUCGAUGAUCUUAUUAGUAAGUGUAUCCAAACAGCUUCAACAAGAAGAGCAGAAAUAUUCCUUUGUAUUUGUGGAAGAGCUUCUCAAUUGUAUCAAGAUUGUUUUGACCGGAUACAUGGGAUGUUUGAAUGAACUGGAAAAUGCUAUCGAUGCCGAGAAUCAAGGCCAAUCGCAGAGACUUGUGUCAGUGGGUAAAGUUUGGGAGGCAUGCAGCGAUUUACAAAGACAAGUGCAGCAAGGAUCUUCCGGCCUACUAAAGGCCAAGUUGAAACAGACUAAUCAGCUUAUAAAUGAUGCUUCGAAAGAAUACAAUGAUUGGAUAGCGAAUCCCACUGCCGAGGAUCAAGAUUUCAAUGAUUUCGCCAACUUUGACGAUCUCCAUAAUUCAAAGAGUCUACACAAUGAAACUGAAGUUGAUACAACGCUCAUAGAAUUUGCCAAGAGGUGGAAUGGCAAAAUCAAGAUGAUCAAGCUACUUAUUAUGACGUUGAAUAAGUCAAUUCCAGACGCCAAAUACAAUAUAAAGUUUUCAAAGACUAUUGACCUACUAAACUCCAAGAGUUUCAAAUUAAGUGAGAAAGUUGAUGAUUUGGUAGCAUCGGUCAUAUAUGAUCAAGAUGUGGAAGAAGCGAAAAGUGCAGGUAAGGAAUUGAUCGAAGAAGCUACCCAAGCUGCUUUAUUGGUUAGAACGAUGAACGAGGGUAAUAGUACAAGAACAAGAUGGCUAGAUACAUGGAGCAAGAAGUUUGUGGAAUAG